UAAUUUUAGCAACCCAUGAUAGUAAUUGCAUAUUUAAAUCCGCCCUCUUUCAAAAUUUCUAACAUAUAUUUCCAUCUCUGUCCAUGAAACCCAGUGCACAUUUUAAAACAGCGUUUUCCCGCAAAUUGCAUUUUGGAACAUUCACGCAAAAGCCCACCGCCGUCUGUAUAUUGCUGCGCCUAAAAUGCGAAGAAAUAAUAGUUUAUCAACAUUUAAGCUAAACGUUCUGAUCUGUUCAAUCAGCCUUAUUAAUUGAAACGGAGGAUACCUCAACUACACUACAUUGGAACGUAUCAGUGGGGAUUAAGAAGUGAGCACACGCAAAUGCCCACGGGAAUAGUAAGUGGGUAUAUCUGUCUAUAUCCUAAACUACACCAGUGAUGGCAUGAUUGGUUCAACAGUUAUUGACGAGAGAAAACCAGAAUAUCCAAUAUAAAACUAAUUUUACCUGGGUGCUUCACCUGCUCUGCCUAGCCUGGUUAACGGUUCCUGUGUUGACUUGCAAUAAUGACACAGGUGGAUUAAGCUCUUUUAACGUCAUGAUGAAGUAUCUGGUACUUGUGGUCUUUUUGGCUCCUUGUUGGGUCAAUUGUGCGAUUAAAUCAAGGGCCACUGAGGAAGAAACACGGGAAAAUGACACAGAGUUCGAGGCUCUGAGCUCAUUGCUGUCCGACUUUGAGGUGCUGCCCGUGUCCGGCCUCCAGCAGCACUCACUCAGGAAGAGGGACGUCCACACAGAGUCCCAGCUGGAGCGCAUUGUCAGCUUCAGUGCCCUCAAGAGACAUUUUAAGCUUUACUUGACAACUAACACAGACUUGUUCACCGAGGACUUCAAAGCUGUGUUUGUAGAUAAGCAAGGGACAGAAGACCGCUAUGAUGUUCAGCUGCAGAACUACUUUACUGGACAUCUUGUAGGCGAGGAGCACUCCCGUGUUCAGGCACACAUAGACGGGGACGAGUUCUCGGCCCACAUCCUGACAGAGGAGACAGAGUACAACGUAGAGCCCCUUUGGAGGUUCACCGAGGUGCCCCCCGAUGGCCGUCUGUUGGUAUAUCGCUCUGAGGACAUCCGGAACCUCAGUCGCCUGGCCUCGCCCAAGGUGUGUGGAUACAUCCACGCUGGGGCCCAGGACCUGCUACCAGAGGCCGCCAGAGGUGGAGAGGCACACGAGAAUUCCCUCCACAGAGAGAAGAGAGUGACCCACAACCACAAGAAGAACACCUGUCCUCUAGCCCUGGUGGCCGACUAUCGCUUCUUCAAACACAUGGGCCGCGGAGAGGAGAGCAUUACACUCAACUACCUGAUUGAGUUGAUUGACAGAGUGGACGACAUGUACAGGAACACAACCUGGGAUGACGAAUUUACAGGAUACGGUGUUCAGAUCCAACAGAUCAUCAUCAACAAGGAGCCGACCAGAGCGCCGCUUGGCCAGGCUGGGCCGGACUGGACCCACUACAACAUGAAGGGAAGCCCUAUCCAAGGCAAGGAGGUGUGGGACGUCAAGAAACUGCUGGAACAAUUUAGCACGGACAUAGCGGACAAUGCUAGCACUGUGUGCCUGGCCCACCUGUUCACCUAUCAGGACUUUGACGAGGGGACACUGGGCUUGGCUUACGUGGCCCCUUCUAAAGCCCAGGCUCUGGGGGGCCUCUGCCCUGAACCUUUCUUUCCAUCUAGUUCUGUUAAGAACCCCAGUUUCCUCAACACUGGUUUAACCAGCACUAAGAAUUAUGGCAAAACCAUUCUAACCAAGGAAGCAGAUUUGGUGACAACCCAUGAGCUGGGCCACAACUUUGGAGCUGAGCACGACCCUGACAGCAUGCACUACUGCGCCCCUAGCGACGACCACGGGGGCAAGUUUGUCAUGUACCCCAUCGCUGUGAGCGGGGACCACUACAAUAACAAGCGUUUCUCCAACUGCAGUAAGAUCUCCAUAGGGAAGACCCUGCGCCUCAAGGCUCCCAUCUGCUUCAAGGAGAGGAACAGCAAGGUGUGUGGGAACUUGCGCGUUGAGGAAGGGGAGGAGUGCGACCCGGGCCUAAUGCACCUCAACGAUGACCAGUGCUGCGCCGCCGACUGCAAGUUCAGGCCCGAGUCCCAGUGCAGUGACAGGAACAGUCCAUGCUGUAAGAACUGCAAGUUUCAGCAGGCAGGCAAGCCGUGCCAGGAGCCAAUCAACGCCACCUGUAAGGGCAUGUCCCUCUGCACAGGUAACAGCAGUGAGUGCCCAACCCCAGACAACGCUCCGGACAAUACCAUCUGUGUGGACAGUGGGAGGUGCAGCGACGGGGAGUGCAUGACCUUCUGUGAGGCUGUGCAGAACCUGCAGCCCUGUGCUUGUAAUGAGAUGGUCAACUCGUGUAAGGUCUGCUGCCGGGACAAACAUGGCACCUGCACUCCCUUCGUCAAAAAGGACCAGAACUUCCUGUACCUGCGCAAGGGGAAACCCUGCACCGUGGGCUUCUGUGACGAGGGCGGCAAAUGCAUGAAGCAAGUCCAGGAUGUGAUCGAGAGGUUGUGGGAUUUCAUCGACAAGCUGGACAUCAACACAUUCGGGAAGUUCCUGGCAGACAACAUCGUGGGCUCAGUGGUGGUGUUCUCUCUGAUCUUCUGGAUCCCUCUCAGUAUCCUGGUGCACUGUGUGGAUAAAAAUCUGGAGGAGGAGAACACCAAGUCCAGCAAAGCAGAGAUGCUGAGCAGCUUCGAGACGGCCUCUGUCGUCAUCAAGCCACCUACGCCUCCAACCUCCUCCUCCGGCACUCGGAUCCUUCCCCACUCCCUCCCUUCUCUACCCCCAACAGGCCCACCUGCUUCAGGCAGCAUCAGUGCCCCAGACUUGGCUUCUGGCCCUGCCCCGGGAAGCGGGGUGGUUGUGGUGGGGGAGGGCCCGCGGAUGGCCACCAUCCAGGAGGAUCCCAGCUGCGAUUCUCACCUCCACCCGGAUGAAGACGACUUCCCUCCACCCGGAUGCUCCAACUCCACCAAGUCGUCUUACGAGGACCUGACGGCAGAGCACGCCGCGAUCGGACCGCCACGACAAGCCCCGCCUCGAAGCAAACCGGUGUGGUGAACAGUAAAGAGACCCAGUGCUGAGGGAACAUGUUUGUAUAUGUACUCACAUACACACACAGCCACGGGCAUGUACAUGCAAACACACGUGUACACACACACACAAUUUUACACGAGGGAACAUAGUCUAGAGUAGGUAGAUGCAUGCAUACAGACACACCACACAUAGAAGAGGCAUGCAUACAUGACUAAACUAUAGUACACACACACACUGUUAUAGUACACACAAACAUCCACUCCUAGAAGGGACUGGAAUACUGGUUACACAGCACUGGUUGGGGUUCAUAGAACAACACCGUUUCUAGUAGAGCUCUUAAAUAAAGCACUGUGGGAUUGGCUACAUCCUAGAUUUUAUAAGGUCAAUUUGGAAGACUCCCAUACAACCAAAACAGUAGGUGCUUAUGGGUAGUAGUGCUCUGAUGCAAGUGACUGCAGUUUAGAUUAGCCUAGAUACUGAAUGAUUGUGUGUGUGUUGUGGGGAAGAAAUAAUUUGUGCCUUGUUAGUUUCAAGAGUCAAAGCCAAGUGCUUUAUUUGGCACCACUCACUCCGAUACAGGCCAGACAGACUUUGGAGGUGUUAUUUUGAAUGACUUGACUAACAGCUGUCAGAAUGGGUUGAUUGACAGCUGGGCCAGUUGAUUUACCACUGACUUUACGGCUAUUGGUUAUGCAUGUGGGUGGGUUAGAGUGCCCGUGUUAAAAGGAAUCAUGCUAAGGUCAAAUAACUGAAAUGUGUUAUUUUAAAUGUUUAAAGGCCCAGUGCAGUCAACAAUGUGAUAUUCCUGUGUUUUAUAUGUAUUACCACACUGAGGUUGGAAUAAUACUUUGAAAAUAAUGAUAUCCUUUUUAGUGUAAGAGCUGUUUAAAAAGACAGCCUGAAGUGUCAGCCUGUUUUGGUGGGAUUGAGUUUUGUCCUGCCUGGCAGUUAAUUAGUUAAUAGUCCAAUAAGAAAGAGUUCCAAGUCUCUCCGCCAACAGCUAGUUUUCAGUUUUUCCCUCCCUACUCAGACCACACCCAGACAGUCCUAGCAAAAUUGUUAAGUAUUAAAAGUAAAUAGUUUCAAAUUCCUUAUAUUAAGCAAACCACAGGGCACCGUUUUUUAGGAUUGUUAUUUUUAUUAUUAUUUUUUUACACGGCUAGCCAGGUGCACAUAUCACUUACAAAUGAAACAUGUGUUUAGUGAGUCUGUCAGAUCAGAGGUAGUAGGGAUGAUCAGAGAUGUUCUCUUGAUAAGCAUUCAAAAUGUAACAAGUACUUUUGGGUGUCAGGGAAGGUGAAUGGAGUAAAAAAGUGCAUACUUUUCUUUAGGAAUGUAGUAAAGUAAAAGUUGUCAAAUUGUGGAGUACAAAUACCCCAAAAAACAACUUAAGUAGUACUUUAAAGUAUUUUUUACUUUACACCACUGCCCAAAGUAUUUUAUUUGAAACUGGUGUACAGAACCGAAAGUAGGACGCAAAAAUGAAACUUAAGACCAGGAAGCAUAGAAAAGGUGCACCUAGGACAGAUCUACUGCUUCUUAGACUUGCUUUCAAUUAUGACAGAUUUGUAACACACAUUUUUAUGUGAAUUUGGACGGGUUGCCAGCUUUAAUUGUUAGCCAGAAAUUAUUUGAUAUUGAGAUAAAUAUGACUGCAUUGGACCUUUUUAAUGUUAUGUCAUCUUUCCAUUGUCACGUCAGUAAGACAAUGUUUUUAAUUAUUUGCCUUUUUCUGGCAAUAUUUCUGAUAUUGCCAUUUAAAAAAAAAAAAUGUUUUUAAACUUUGUUAA